AUGACAGCCCGGAGCCUGAAGCGUGUGUCUCGAUCCAGCAGUGACGUCUCCCGAUUAAGAAUUCCAUCAACGUCCUCUUCUGAGGGAGGGCGGAGGCGCAAGCCCAGCGCGGCGGAACGUCUGUUCGGUGGUGGUGGUGGGAUAUCACGCAGUGCCGUGGACCUGAGAACCCUCGGUCAACACGACCAGUCCGGCCGAUCUAAAACUUCUAAGGGCACUACUUCCAUCCUCAAAAAGCCCAGGAAGACAAAACCUCGGCCAGACUUCUCGGCGCCAGUUGAGCCGUUCCACGGCACCACUGAUCUGGAGGUGUCACCGCCAGAGAACAGCCCCAAGAUCUUUGAGACAGACAUCGAGCCAGUGGAGUUUGAUCUGGACUGGAACAGAGAGCUGUUACCGCCCUCCAAGACGGUGCUCAUCCCUGAGCGCUACGUGUCGGACACAGAGUCGGAGGACUCGCUAACCCCCGAGGAGCAGGCACAGCGCAGACGCAAGGCAGCCAAGUUCCAGAAGCUGCUGUCCAAUUACAGCAUGCAGGACCUGUCUAAAGCCAACUCAGAGAGAGAGAAGAAGGACCGCGCCCACAUCCUGUCCAUGCAGGCCGCCCUCGCCUCACAGGUCACAAGGGAGAGCCGCAAGCUGGCGCGCUCCCCGCACCUGGAGCGUAAAACGUUCGCGGUGCCUGAGGACAGGGGCACCUAUCUCUAGUGUAGCGUAUCUGCUCACUGUAGAUACUCUCAUAGCAGGGCAAUUCAACCCUCUUUAGCCGCGCAGUCACAUUCUUUGUAGAUCGUUGUACAAUUUUUGUAUUGUAGGAAGUUCAUGCAGGUGGCGACAGAGUCAACCACCAUCAAGGAUCUAAGACAACCUUUUUGGUAAGAGGACAGCUGAAUUUUAAAUUACACAUGCACAACUAUACUGACAAUGCCUUCAGUCAGUUUGUCAUCGUACAAUGAUCAUAUGAAGAAUAUGACUGCUUCCGUAGCUUUAACUACUGUUGUUGCUAAAUCUUGGAGACAUCGAGGGAUCUUGACACAAAACAAGAUGCAACUUCUGUUGUAAAUUCAGAUUUUAAUCCUUCAAGAAAUUUUUUACGACUGGAAAGCCUGAAUACUUGAAUCUUCAAUUACAUGUAUGUGAAAAUGGCAGCUUGAAAUCAUUUUGAGAGAAUAGUUGUUAUUCUUGCACUUAUUCUAACAAAUAAAAAUCAUAUACAUGUAUUCAAUACAAACUCAAGGGCUCAUCUUAUAGUGCAAGGGACCAAUGAUCAUACAUGUAAAAUGUAUACUAGUAUAUUGGGUAGAGUGAAAUGAACAGAAAAAAAUAGAAGCUGUUAUUAAUGUUAAAAAUAUCAUUCUACUUUUAUCAGUAAGUAGAUAAACUAGAAGAAGUUUUUCUUUUGAGGGAAGGAUAUAUUUUAAUUUGAAAAGAAUGGUUGAAAAUGGUUACCAUAGAAAUUCUGUUAAACUAAGAGGUAAAUAAUGGAGAUAAAUAUUAUGUAAAAUAAUCUGAUUGUGGAUUGAGUACAUAAGACUCUGCUAUGUAUACAACAUGUAGUUUAUGGUUAUUAACAUGAAAAAAAUCUCUGGAAUGCCACAAGGAGCUAGGACUUAGCAAACACAUCCAUUCCCAAGUGCCAUUAUAGAGUAGAACUGCAAUUGCCCUGACUUGCUUCUAGCAUUGCUUUAAUGCUCUUACUUAUGAUGCUUCAUCAGCCUCCUUUCAAGCAAUAAAAGCAAGUGGUCCAUAGUUGUAAGUUUUGUAUGGAUGGAACUGGUCCUGACCAAUAACAAGGCGGAACAAGGAGUUUCUUACUUACAAGACUUUUGAUCGCAUGAUGAGGCAAAAUAUAAACUUUGAUGACAUUUCUAUAGAUGUGAACCUAAUACAUAUAUAACACUACAGUUGUAACAUAUUCAGUAUGUUUUAAAGUAGUGAAUUUGAUCAUUUGUAUAUCAUGUUUGACAGUGUUGUCAUGUAUGCUGUUGAUGCAUAUUAAGGUUGAAUAGAAACAUUUUAACUUGUUGUCAAACAUCACUACAGAGCAUAAUUCAAAACUCUGGCCUAGGUUGCAAAGCUCUAUGUUUGUAAAAGACCAAGAUUGUGCUGCUCCGAAUUUUGUUGAAAAACAAAUCCAAAAAACAUUUAAAUGCAUUGAUGUGGCCUUAGUCUUUCAAUGUGACAAAGAUAAGCUUACUCUGUAAUGGUAGAUGUAUAUCAGGGUACUAAUCUUGUAUAAAACCAGUACUAGUAGUGAUGAGAAAAGUUGUAUUGAUAUAAUUCUGAAUGCAAACCAAUUACAAGGAAAUGCUGAAAAUCUUAUAGUUUGUAGGAGUGAUGUCCUCAAGCAAGACCAACUACUGUAAAAUCAAACAUGACAUUGUGGCGUUGUCAAGGAAUAACAGCAAAUUCUAAACUUGGUGUCAAGAUUGAAAUGUUCUUAACCAAAUAAUUGUACUUAAGGUACUGCCAGUGUUAACCCUGGGGAAGCAUUUGAAUAUCUAUGAAAAUAUUGUGUCAAGUAAAAGAAAGUUGUAGGCUAUUGAAAAAUGAUUCUAUGUAGAACUGCUGGUUCAAUUGAUUAGCCUUAGUGUGCACAGCAAUCUAUAUCGAUUCUUGUGAUUUCACAUUCGUCAGAAAAGAAACAAAUUGUUAUAAAAGCGCUAAAUCAAAUGUAGCUUAUUAAAUGUAACAUUUGUCAUACUGAAUUUUAGAGGUAUAUUGGGACCACCAUGUAGAUAGCUGUGUGCCCCCAGGGUUUUCACUGACAUGCGCAUUACCUGUAUAUCUAUAAACUAGAAGACUAUAGAGAAAGGAUAUAUUUGUAUUAUGUAUGGAUUUUAUGUGAUAACUAGAGCUUAAGGUACAUGCGUAUGGGCAGACUGUACUUAUUUUUAACAAAGCUUGCCAUUUUUUAAAAAGAUAUUCUAAAAUCUGAAAAAAAAUGAAAUGGAAAUGAAUUGUAGAUAUAAAGAUGCUUUAUUUAUAGGUGCAGGAAGAUGGAUUGGAUUGUGUGAAUGUUUUGUAAAAUGGUUCUCGUAGAGGACACUUUGGGAGGUUUCUAUUGUAGACUAAGGACAUUAAGUGCUGUUAAGAUUGGAAUGAACUUAUAGAUGUAUUUAUUAGGUGGUUGGAAGUGCCUUAGACAGUUUUAUCUGAAAGAAGAACAGCUUUUAAACUGCCAGUGAAUGUAUACAAUAGUACGAGUAGCUACCGUUUAAUUUCUGACAUGAUUGUUCAUUCAAGAUUGUUACUUUGGUGCAGGAAAUGGACAGAACAACCCCCUUGGCUAACAUAUUAAUGGUAUGUUCCAUGAGGCCAGGUCAGAAAUGAGCCAGUUGUCCAUAGUUGCACCAGGAGAAAAGAUGUGAUGAAUGUUUACAGGGGUUAUAGAUGAUGUACUGAGUAAGGGACCGCUCAAUUGUAGCCCUGUUCUUGCUGACUUCUUGUUUGUCGUGAAGUAGAAGUGUCGAGGAAGAAGCAGCUGUUUUGUAAUAUAUUAAUUCUCCCUCUUG